AUGCCUACUAGGGUCCUAGAUGUUGGCGACUCGGUUAACAGAAAACCCAUCUCUUUGGUCCACACCCAAAGGGUAUGCGACGACUACAUCGCUCUCUCCUACUGUUGGGGAGAGGUUGGGAACGAUAUUCUCACACUUACUACUGCGACUUAUGGGGCCAUGAGAGGUGGGAUCGCAGAAUCAGCUCUUUCCAAAACCCACCAAGAGGUCAUCUCCCUAGCUCGCACUCUCGGGAUUCGAUACGUCUGGGUCGAUGCGCUGUGCAUCAUUCAGGGCGACGCAGAGGACUGGGAGCGCGAGUCUAAAACUAUGGCACAGGUUUACGGAAACGCUACGUUAGUAAUUAUAGCUGGACGAUCGGCGGAUUCUCGCAGGGGCUUCAUCACCAACAACUUAGCCUCCAAUGGACGUCCGCCUCCUUGUAAAUUGCCUAUCGAUGAGUCAGAGCACUCGGGCAGUUUGAUGAUUGAUAUACCCAGAGUGAGCGAUAUUGGGCCCGUCUCCACGCGAGGGUGGUGCUUCCAGGAAAGGCUGAGUUCUCGGCGAUCAGUCAUUUUUGGGGAGGAGCAACUCAUAUUCGAGUGUGUCACUGAAUUCGCGUUGGAAAACGGCUUGCUUGAAACCAACAAAAUUCGACCUACAUUCCUACAACCUCCACCUCCUCCACCUCUCUUCAGUUACCACAAGAACUUCAGACACGGAAAGACCAAGUACUUCGAGACUGGUACCAUCUCUUGUACCGAUUCGUUUUUUGCCACCUGUCCAACCCCCACGAUAUAUUCGCUGCCAUCGCCGCCAUCGCCCAGCAAGCCUCGCUCGUCCUCAAGUCCCGGCUCGGAAGAACAUGCCCCUUAUGACCCGGCCAAAGGCGACGAAGCUCACGAAGGAGACUGGAACAGUGCUACGAGCGCCGUCGUGGUCCUGGGCGGCGGUCGAGGGUCCCGUGGCACAGGUGAGUUUUUCACCUCCCUCGGUGGCGAAGUACAAAGAUCCAUCAAAUAUCAAAGUUCGUCCUGGACAUGCGAAUCCCGAAAGGUGGACGCUGGAUGA